AUGACCAUAACUUACAAUGAUGAUGCAUUCCUAUAUAAAUCCUAUUCACUCGUUAUUUCUAUCUCCCACUGUCCCUCUUUUUUCUUCCUCUUUCCCUCUCUCUUUUCUCCCUUUUCCCCCACUCUCUUUUCUUCCUCUUUUCCUGUCUCUUUUCUUCCUCUUCUCCGCUCUUUCUUCUUCCUCUUUCCCUCUCUCUUUUCUCCCUUUUCCCCCACUCUCUUUUCUUCCUCUUUCCCUGUCUCUUUUCUUCCUCUUCUCCGCUCUUUCUUCUUCCUCUUUCCUCUCUCUCUUUUCUCCCUUUCCCCCCUCUUUUCUUCCUCUUUCCUCUCUUUUCCUCCUCUUCUCCUCUUUCUUCUUCCUCCCCCCCUCUUUUCUUUCUCCCUUUCCCCCCACUCUCUUUUCUUCCUCUUUCCCUUCUCUUUUCUUCCUCUUCUUCCUCUUUCUUCUUCUCUUUCCCUUUUUUCUCCUUUUCCCCCACUCUCUUUUCUUCCUCUUUCCCUCUCUCACCACCUAUCUUCCUGA